CUUACUAAAGAAGAGUAUUCUAGUUCAUCGGGCCAAUAGCUAAAAGGGCCUAAGACCCAUCAAUGAGACCCACAUUCAAAUACUCCGUUGUCAGGGUAUAAUAAUUCCAUUUCGUUUUCUAUUUGUUCUUCUUUCUGGAAAAUUAGGGUUUGUAUAGUCUCUAUUCUUCUCGAGAUGGGUGGAGGAAACGCACAGAAAUCGAAGAUGGCUCGUGAGAAGAACUUGGAGAAGGCAAGGCAGGCCGGAAAAGGCAGCCAACUGGAAGCUAACAAGAAAGCUAUGUCCAUUCAGUGCAAGGUUUGUAUGCAAACAUUCAUCUGCACAACAUCUGAAGUGAAAUGCAGGGAGCACGCCGAGGCCAAGCAUCCCAAAGCCGAUGUUGUCGCUUGCUUCCCUCACCUCAGCAAGUGAUGAAACUAUCAUUUCUCACCAAAAAAGGAUUCCAAUGUAAAUGUAUGGAUCCGUCUCCUAUGUUUGUAUCAUUCAAGUGUCUCGGGUCAACAAAACUUAUGGUUCUGUUUCUGUUUCUGUUUUUACUAAAAGACUUGUUUCAACGCUAAGUCUCUUACUAUUAUUAUGGUUAUACUAUGAAGCUUUGUUUGGAACUU